GAUAUCAUCCACCCUCCUUUGCUGUGCUCCGCGUUGUCGUUGAACGGUUCCUGUCCGUUCGCUUUGGAGUGAUAUCAUCGUGUGUUUAUUUUGUGUACUCGUCGUACAUUUACAUACAUCUGGGCCACGAAAUACAAGCAAAGAGGAGAGAAGAAGAAAAAAAGAAAAGAAAAAGAAAAGGGAUCGAUAAUUGAACACCACUACCACCACAAACUACGAAUAUAAUGGCCCCGCCAAUUUUCCUCCUCGCAAUCCUCCUCUCAUUCCUCUCCCUCACCACCCUCACAUUCGCCCAAACAUCCACAACCCCCGCAUCCACAACCUCUACUGUCAUACCCGCCAUCGUCCCCAGCGCGUCGUCAUACACAUACGUGGGAUGUUACAACGAAACCCUUAAUACAAAUACCACAGGCGGAUUACGGUCUCUCAAUGGUGGCGUCACGGAAGCACUCGAUGUCAUGACGAUACCGCUUUGCAUGGCAUUUUGUAAAUCAAACGGUUAUGCAUAUGCGGGGAUUGAAUACACUCGAGAAUGCUACUGCGCGCAAUAUCUGUCCGCUCUCGCCCCCAAAGUCGACGAUGCGAAAUGCGAUCUCCCGUGUAAAGGAAACGCCAGCCAGAUAUGUGGCGGCUCGUGGACACUCUCGGUGUAUUUGCAAGAUGGGAGUCAGAAGGGGGGCGCGGGUAGGGGGGGAGGGACAAGCGCGGGAAAACAGGCGCUGGUGGCGUUGGGGGUUACGUUUGGAGGGUUUUUGGCUUUUUGUUGACGGAGGGAGAGACGGUAUGAUUGAUGUGAAGAUGAAGAUGAGGGAGAAGAAAAGGGAAAGGGACUUGGGAUAGACAGGAAUAUGGAGUUCGGUAACCAAUAAUUGGAAUGACAAGCGAGCCGAGAUCAGUAAUCAAAGGGAGUUGGACGACAGUCAGCAAUUUCGCAACACGACAAUCACGCCUCGAGAAGCA